AUGAAACUUAACUUCGCCAAUCCAGCGACAGGUCAACAAAAGUUAUUUGAAAUCGAUGAUGAGAAGAAAUUGCGCAUGUUUUACGAUAAGCGCAUGGCUCAGGAAGUCGAGAUUGACGCUCUGGGAGAGGAGUGGAAGGGAUACAUUGUUCGCAUCACCGGUGGAAAUGACAAACAAGGAUUCCCCAUGAAGCAAGGAGUGCUGAGCAAUGGACGAGUCCGCCUGCUUCUCGCUAAGGGUGACUCGUGUUACCGACCGAGAAAAGCUGGAGAGCGAAAGAGGAAAUCUGUUCGUGGAUGCAUUGUUGACGCUAACCUUUCCGUCCUUUCCCUCGUUGUUGUGAAGAAAGAUUCGCCCAGUGAUGAUCAUCGCAGUGUGAAAAGACCGGGGAGCGGCCUUGCAGUUAAUCCAAAGGAUGGUUAG